GCUAGUCCAGUCAAUAUGAACACUUCUGGUUGUUCGAGACAUUUUCACUGCUCAUUAAUCCAUGUACACUUAACUACUUGUUUGCUUAUCGCUUUGCAGUAUUUGCAGCUCGCGAUAAUGGACGAUCAUAAUGGUAUCUCUUACGACGAGUAUGACAAUACUCAAAACAAUUACACAUACUUUCCACCAGGCUACAUACCGCCAAAUAAUCCACCUUCUCAAGAUAGCUACUCGGAUCCCCAAUCACAACAACCCUCACAACCUCGAUUUCUAGAAUUUCCUCAACAGCAACCUCUUGAAGAAGGGCAGGAAAGUCCUGGUCAACGCAAUUGUCUUACAAGUGAAAUGCGACAUCAGCCGCAAGCAUUUAUCCAACAACAAUUACCAUUACCGUCUCAAUACCUAAUGACACAACCACCGUCAAGGCCCCAAUCAUAUUCAUCGCCUCCGAUCCAGUCUUCUCAACUCCAAUAAAUACCCCAAUGGCAGCUAUUGCCUCUAUUAGAAGAUCCCAUUGGUCUUAAUUUCAUGGAUCCCUUCAGUGCUCAAUCUCAAUUCUCA